AUGUCGAGCCCCGUCGCAGUACAAUGCGCUCAAAAGUACCCUGCCGACCUUGGAAUGAUCAAAGAGCGAGAAUUCUACAAGUAUUUACCACCGUACCAUCUCAAUGCGCACGCCCUGCAACAUAUCGGCCCUGUCAAUCCACCGAAAGAAUAUGUUGCCCGAUCUUCGGUUGAUCCAGUGCUCACAGCAUUCGCCCAGUUGGGCGCCUUGCGACUGGAUGCGCAAAGGGCCAUAAUCUCACUAUUUGGCCGACGCGAGCAACACAUCCUCACCGAGGCCACUCGAACUCUCAGUCUUCAGAAUGACGCGGACCAUAAUUCACACGAUGAGCUCUGGGUCGGGAGCUGCACUAUAUCCUAUGACCGCAGCUUGUGUAAAUCGGUCUUGAGACCUACACCAAAUGCGACACACGCCAGGGACCGGGUUAUUGCGGUACCAGACGUUACCCAAGAUGACGCUUUUAAGGACCACCCAGAUGUGACAUCAUUUCCAAACAUUCGUUUCUUCGCAUCGAGUCCCAUUAUUAGCCCGAAAGGCAUCGUGAUUGGCGCCUAUACCAUCCUAGAUGAUAAACCCCACGAGCCUUUGGACACCAGUUUACUCAACUUCCUAGCAGACGUUUCUGCCACGGUCAUGGAUUACCUGGAGACAAGUCGCUCAAAAGGCCAACAUCUUCGCAGUGAGCGCAUGAUUGUUGGCCUUGGAAGCUUUCUGGAGGGGAAAGGUAGUCUUCGCAGCUCAUGGGUUCUCGACGCCGAUAGCACAAGAUCUGUGGACGAGAAGAAUCAUGCAGAGGGUCACGUCAAUCAAGAACAACAAGAGAAGCAACUUUCCGAUGACAUUGCCCGAGCCGCAGUCCAAACGAAUACGACAAGCCACUUGCCUUUCCACCCAUACAAACUCCACAUACCCAGGAGCCCAAUCUCCCAGCCAGAAAAGGAGCAGGACCUGCCACCUUUGAAGUCAACGAACACCAGGAGAGAUGCAAAAGCUGAACACAAAUUCAGAGAAGCAUCUCGAGCGGCUAUGGCAAGCGACAACGAUCACUCCCCAAAGGAUGACUACACUGCCAAGGUGCGCCAGACAUUUUCACGUGCUUCCAAUCUCAUCCGUGAGAGUAUCGAAGUUGAGGCGGUUGUCUUUUUCGAUGCCAGUUUCAACUCCCAGGAAGCUUUCGUGAAUAGUGGGAAGUCCGAUCCAGAGAGCAGUUGUUUUGAAAGUUGCUCUUCGGGUGAUGAGUCCAAAUCCCGAGGCUCCGGCUCCGGUGCAGAUCAAGACUCCCUUGACCCUGAACUGGCCCAAAUUUCCGGAAAAGCCACCUUAAAUCCGUGCGAUAUACUGGGCUUUUCCACUUCAAGAGCUUCUAGCGUCAAUGAUCAAUUGAAGGACGACACCAAAAUUGCACUAUCAGAGUCAUUCCUUCGGGGUCUUUUGCACCGGUAUCCUCGAGGAAAGAUCUUCAAUUUCGGUGAAAAUGGAAUUAUCUCAUCUGACGAUACCAGCGACGGGGUUUUCAAGCAAUUCUUCCGGCGUAACGGAGGCAAGAAGUACAAAAAGACACAAAGAUCACUUAUACGCCAGGACGCGCAAGCGUUGCUUCAACUCGCGCCGGAGUCUCGAAGCAUCGUUUUCACUCCAUUGUGGGAUUCACACAAGGGCAGAUGGUAUUCCGGGGCUCUGACGUGGACAACCGCAUCCCACCGUGUCUUCACUUCAAACGAUGAAUUGGCAUUCCUCCUGACAUUCGGAAACAGUGUCAUGGCAGAAGUGCAUCGACUUGGCUCCCACUUCGCUGAUCGAGCGAAGUCAGACUUGCUUUCAGGGCUCAGUCAUGAACUUCGGUCCCCUCUACACGGUAUCUUCGGAACAACGGAACUAAUGAAUGAUACUGUCAUGGAUGCGCUGCAGCGGGGAUUUGUUCAUACAAUCGCAUCCUGUGCUUUCACGCUACUAGGAUCGAUCAACCAACUCCUUGAGUAUGCUAGUAUCAAUGACGUUCGACCUAGCUCCGUUGUCAAGACUCCUGGCGGAAGCGUGCUUGAUAAGUCAACUAACCAAAAGUUGACGGCGACUCACCAUCUUUCGCAUCCUGGCAAGGUUGACUUCGACACCUACGUCGAGCUUGAUUCUGCCGUCGAGGAUGCAGUGGAAACGGUCUUUGCUGGCUAUUCCUUUUUAAGCAGUUCACGCUCUCCUCUGAGGGGCAUCGCCGGUUAUCCUAUUUCCGGUGCCAGGCAUCUCGACCCACGCAGUGGAGUCAAGGUGGUCAUGGAUAUCGACUAUGCUCAUAGCUGGAAAUUCUCGACGCGGCCCGGAGCCUGGCAUGUGAUUCUGACGAACAUCUUCGGAAAUGCCCUGAAAUUCACUCAAAAGGGAUAUAUUCAUAUCUCUAUGACCGCCCUUCCAGCCAAAUUUGGAAAUGAUGGUGAGGUCAUCAAGUCAACGGUCACGGUGACUAUAAAGGACACUGGGUCGGGCAUUGACCAGGACUAUCUCAACAAUGGUCUUUAUACUGCUUUCUCGCAGGAAGACAGCAUGACAACCGGCAAUGGCCUUGGGUUCAAUAUCACCCAAAGGACAGUUCAAUCUCUUGGCGGGACUAUCCAUGUCAAUUCAAAGAAGCACGUUGGCACCGAGGUCGUGAUAUCUGUGACCCUUGACCAUGCGUCAGAGCAGGACGUUCGCGACCAUCUGGAUAUUCACGCACCUAUCACCACAAUAAGGGAGCUCACGAAUCUGAAAACUAUCGGGAUCUUGGGUCUUGGGACUUCUGACUUGGACAGAGCUCAGUACACAGCACUACGGAAGCUGUGUCAGGACUGGUUCUCCAUGGACGUCUGCCUAGUCAUGCCCUCGCAGACCCAAUUCGAUCACUGCGAUUUCUACAUCUCUCCUCAUGAACACCUCGACAUAGGCAAUCUGGAAAUUCAGGCCAUCGCCCCUAGUCCAAAAGAGCGCUUCCCCUCGCCUGUCAUCAUCAUAUGCUCAUCUCCAAGAAUUGCGCACUCGCUAUUCAUCGGAGCCCGAAAGAGAAAGGAUGCUGAUGUACUCGAGUUCAUCAGCCAACCGUGCGGACCCCGCAAGUUAGCAGAGACACUGGAAACGUGCAUCAGACGUCAGCAGCAACGGCUUGGUGACAUUUCGUACAAGAAUAGUAUCCGGGACGGCCCAGGGGGUCUUUCAACUGCCAAUGUCAUGAACGCGCUUCUUAGUCCUCGAGAAGGACUACCUUCAUUCGCAGCAAGGGAUGAUCCUAUCGCAAGUGCACGGCUUCCAACAAUGCUCGACCCAAUGAAGUUUACAGAAGAGCAUGCUGACGGCCCUCCUGCUCCGUUGGGCGAUAUCGCCACCGAACUUCAAGAUACACAUCCCAAACCAGAAAAUAACCCUGUAUCAGAUCUUCCAACAACUAUUCUCCUCGUGGAUGACAAUGAAAUCAACCUCAGACUUCUAAUCGCUUUCAUGAAGAAAUUGAAGUGCGAUUACGCCAUUGCACAAAAUGGAGAAGAAGCUCUCGAGGUCUUCAGAGCCAAUUACUCCCUCAUUGGCAUGAUAAUAAUGGACAUCUCCAUGCCAGUCAUGGACGGCCUGGAAUCUACCCGCCGAAUCCGCGAGUUCGAGAAGGAAAUCGGGAGCAAAUCGCGCACCAUGAUUGUUGCGCUCACUGGCGUGGCGCACGCUGAUAUGCAGCGUGAUGCCACUGGGUGUGGUAUGGACAUGUUCCUGACAAAACCUGUACGACUGAGCAGUUUGGUGCCGAUUAUUCAGGGCAUCUUCCCCUCCACUCAUGCAAUUUGUCAGGAUCGGAAGUGA